GCCGGGCGACACCACGAGUUAUUUCCCAGCUAUUUCCCGGUCCGGGAGCUCCUGGCCCCUGAACAACUGGUUUCCUCUUGGAGUCUGGGAGGAGGAGAGCGGAGCCGGCAGGGAGCGAACCAGGACCGGGGUGACCUCGGGGAAGGGGGCGCCUGGCCGGGGAGAAGCGCGGGGGCGGGGGCACCGCCAACUGGAGGGUCCGGAGUAGCCCACAGACUGCCAGAGGACCCCGGCGUCCGGGCUCCCGGUGCCAACGCCAUGAGGCCGCUCCUCGUCCUGCUGCUCCUGGGCCUGGCGGCCGGCUCGCCCCCGCUGGACGACAACAAGAUCCCCAGCCUGUGCCCGGGGCACCCCGGCCUUCCAGGCACGCCGGGCCACCAUGGCAGCCAGGGCUUGCCCGGCCGCGAUGGCCGCGACGGCCGCGACGGCGCUCCCGGGGCUCCAGGCGAGAAAGGCGAGGGCGGGAGGCCGGGACUGCCGGGGCCGCGAGGGGAGCCCGGGCCGCGAGGAGAGGCGGGACCCGCGGGGCCCACCGGGCCUGUCGGGGAGUGCUCGGUGCCUCCGCGCUCCGCCUUCAGCGCCAAGCGCUCGGAGAGCCGGGUGCCUCCGCCGUCUGACGCGCCCCUGCCCUUCGACCGUGUGCUGGUGAACGAGCAGGGACAUUACGACGCCGUCACCGGCAAAUUCACCUGCCAGGUGCCUGGGGUCUACUACUUCGCCGUCCAUGCCACCGUCUACCGGGCCAGCCUGCAGUUUGACCUGAUGAAGAAUGGCCAAUCUAUCGCCUCUUUCUUCCAGUUUUUCGGGGGGUGGCCCAAGCCAGCCUCGCUCUCAGGGGGCGCCAUGGUGAGGCUGGAGCCCGAGGACCAAGUGUGGGUGCAGGUGGGCGUAGGUGACUACAUUGGCAUCUAUGCCAGCAUCAAGACAGACAGCACCUUCUCCGGAUUUCUGGUGUACUCUGACUGGCACAGCUCCCCGGUCUUCGCUUAGUGCCCACUGCAAAGUAAGCUGACGGUCUCACUCUUAGGAGGAGGGCGUGACGCUGACAACCAGGUCAUCCAGGAGGGCUGGCCCCCCUGGAAUAUUGUGAAUGACUAGGGAGGUGGGGCAGGGGCCUCUCCGUCCUGCUGCUGGCAAGGAACAGGGACAGUGGCUGAGAUGAGGUCUGGCAGCACGGGGCAGUGGCUGGAUUUCUGUCCAAGACCAGAGGAGUGUGCUGUGCUGGCAAGUGUGGGUCCCCCAGUUGCUCUGGCCCAGGAGCCCAGGCUGGGGUGCUUUCUUCCUGGUCCUCUGCUUCUCUGGAUCCUCCCCCUCCCUCCUGCUCCUGGGGCCGGCCCUUUUCUCAGAGAUCACUCAAUAAAUCUAAGAACC